CCAGCAGCAGAUUGAUCGCCAACUGUUGGCACAUACAACAACCAUGCAAACCCUAAAUUACACCAAAGAGCAGCUCCAGCAGAGGUGCGAGGCGCUGUUCACCCGUCUCGAAAAAACCCCAGGCCCUGGUGGUACACCGGCGCGCAUGGGUGGAGGCGGCGGGCCAGAGCCGCUCCCUUUUACGUCCAGAUUGAAGCUUGAGAUGCCUAAAACCGAUGGUACAGAUCCGUUGGGGUGGUUGUUCAAAGAGCAUGAAUACUUCGUCUUCUACGGGGUUACGGACGAGGCACGCGUGCCGGCGGUAUCGCUCAUGCUUGACGGGCCGGCUUUGGAUUGGUUUCGUUGGCGACAACGGAACAACCUUGUCCAUACUUGGGCCGAUUUUGUCUCCCAAUUCAAGCUUCACUUUGAUCCCUUGAGUUACGUGGAUUAUUUUGGUCUUCUCUCUAAAGUUCGUCAAACCGGGACGGUUUUGGAAUAUCAACAGGCUUUUGAAAAGGUGUUGGUUAAUGUGACUGCCAAACCCACGGCCCCUGCCCAGGCCGCCCCUCUGUUGCCCUCUCCAGGAGUGAAACCGCCGCCACCUGCCACCACUACGGCAGGUCUGCUAGUUCGACGUCUGUCCUACGCUGAGAGAAAGGCUCGUGAUGCCAAAGGUCUUUGUUAUAACUGCGAUGAAAAAUGGGUCAAAGGCCAUAGUUGCGGCCGUUUUUUGCUCUUACUAGAGGAUGAGAAGGACGACGAAGCUCUGUCACCAGUCGAGGAUACGAUGCUUUCGGCAGAUGUCUCAUCGCUCCAUAGUUUGGUCACGGUUCACCGGUCCUUACGCCUUUCGGGUAUGCUCGGUGUCGUGGUUGUGGACAUCUUAAUCGAUGGGGGCAGCACUCAUAAUUUUUUCCACCCAUCGCUUGUUUCUUGUGCCCAGCUACCAGUCACAGACAUUCCUCCCUUCCGGGUGUAUGUCGGCAACGGCAAAUCCUUACUCUGUACGCGGCAAUGCCUCAAUGUGUCUCUUCUUUUGCAGGGUUUUCAUUUUACAGUGGAUGUUUAUGUGUUGCCAAUCCACGGACCCGAUAUGGUAUUGGGUGUUCAAUGGCUACAAUUGUUGGGUCGGGUUACCCAUGACUAUGCAAACUUGGUAAUGGAGUUCACGUGGCAGGACAAGGCCAUUAGCUUGCGCGGUGAUCCUAUAUCUCCAAAACCAGUGUCUCUGCACCACUUGAAUGGCCUGUGUACCGGCCAUCACAUUGCCGCAUGCUACGAACUCUUGAUUUCACCAAAGCCGGAUGGUGCGCCUGCCGAAGGGGAGCAUUGGCCGACAGAUUUACCGGAUGACAUCGAACAGGUCUUACGCCAGCAACACUCCGUCGUCCGGCGCUCGUCUCACAAAUUAUCCCUGCGUUUCUACUGCCCAUUUGAGGUACUGGAGAGAAUUGGGCCCGUGGCUUACCGUUUGAAGUUACCCGAGCCAUCGCGCGUUCAUCCCAUCUUCCAUGUUUCCGUGUUGCGUCAUUUUCGACGAGGUACUAACACGGCCCCAACCUUACCUCUGCCGUUGGAAUUGGUGGACGGCCAAACCCCUUCUGUCCCCGUGAAGGUUCUUGGCAGGCGGCGUAUUUUGCGUCCUGGUACCCCCGUCGAUCAAUGCUUGGUGGAAUGGAGUGACGGGGGGGUGGCGGACGCCACUUGGGAGCCGACCGAAGUUAUCCACCAAAAUUUCCCCACUCUUCACCUUGAGGACAAGGUGGUUUCUGAUGGGCGGGAGAGUGUUAUGGACUCGACACAUCAAGAGGAGCCACCAGUUAGGAGGAGCGCACAGACCAGACAACCACCGGGGUGGCAACGCGAGUUCGAGAUGCAUUAGUUAAUUACUUUACCUUAUUUUAUUAUUUUUAAUGUAUCAUAGAUUUUCUUAGGUGAGCGAAUUAUAAGCUCCUUCGAGGGUUUCUUUACGGUUCUUUACCUCGUCGCUUUUCUUGAACCGUCAGGAUAGAUAACGUAGUUUAGGUAUGGGG